UAUUCAAUUUUGUCAUCACCUUCAACGGUUUAAGUUUCGCGGGAAGUCGAAAAUCGCUGCAAGUAUAAUCGAUAUAUCUAGCGGACAUCGGUACCAUAGCUGAACGAGCCGAAGGAACAAAUCAACCUGAAUCAAGCGAACAUGGCAAGCGAUGGGAAAAAGCAGAAAUCUAAAGGCAAAUCGAGUGAAGAAAUUGUUAAUGGAUUUCAAGCGCUUAGGGCUGAACAGCGAAAUAUGGCUAGCAAACUUUCCGAGUUAGAAGUGGAGCUUCAUGAACAUAAGCUUGUUAUUGAGACUUUAAAAGAAGCAGAUGGAGAGAGAAAGUGUUUCCGAAUGAUUGGUGGGAUUCUUUGUGAAAAGACAGUAAAAGAAGUUCUACCUGCUUUGGAAUCAAACAGAGAACAGCUGGAAAAAUUUAUUGAAAAUUUAACAGAACAAUUAACCAAGAAGGGACAAGAAAUAAAUGAAUAUAGGGAAAAAUAUAACAUCAAAAUUAGGGGGCCUGAAGAUCAGCCUUCAGGUGAUGCAGCCGAAGGAGAACAGAAACCCCGUACUGGAAAUGUCCUUGUGCCCAUAUAAAUAAUCAAAAAGACUGCUGAUUGUGUCUCAGGGGGACAAGACAGUUAUUUAAUUUUUGCUUGCCUGCAUACCUACUGUUGUUUCUAAUUGGGCUAUUUAAAGUGUGAAGGACGAUCUGUCUACAAAUUAUGUGUACAGAACUAACUUAGAAUCCUUGUGAGUGAGCAUUUCAUCAAUUUAACAAUGCUGUUUUCUUCAAAAGAAGUAACAAAAUGUGUGACUUUAAAGUCCUUUUCUCUUUACUUUGGCAGUUUGUUAAGUGAAUUUGAAGUUAACACAAAUCUGCUCAAAAUAGGUGAAUUAUCCCAUUUGUUUUAUUGUAAAAUAGCGACUUAAAAAAAAAUUGGCUAAUGGGAUAUUUCAGAAGGGAGAGUUAUCAAGCUGCCACUGCCAAAUAUGGAAUUAAUAUGGUAUAGAUUUAAAAUAUAAAAAAAAAGAUCUUACAUAUUUGUCAACAAUUUAAUUAGCUUGAAUAAGAAGCUGCGUUAUUGAAGUUAAUUGUCAGUUCAUUUGAAAUUGUUCUGACCCAAUGCAGUUUGAUGGAUGAAAUUGAAAGAUUUUGCUUUCCUGUUCUUUCUCAAGUUUGUUUCUUCUGAUUAAUUUUAAUUUUGAUAUUUUCAAAAUUGUGUUGCUGCAAUAAUGAAUUAAAAUUUCUCGCUCAAUUUACCACCUUUACUUGUGAAACAGCUUAAUACGAAAAAAUUGUGAUUAAAAGAUCUGUAAUGAAAUUAAAAUGCUUUUAAUUGUAGAAGAUGGAAAAUAAAUUAACAUUGAGAUGUAAUAAAGGAACAUUGUGUAAAAUCUUGUACGUUAAUAGAAAAUUGCAUGUGUGACUUUGUUACACAAUUGCUAAAUACUAAAUUAAUUUAAUAAAAUAAUUGUAAUUAUGUAACUAUUUUGAUUUUAACCAGAAAUAUAGACACUAAUAAGUUUCUCUUCAUAAACUUUUUUAUCGUUGUUUUAUAGAAAUAAUGUUUUGGUUUAUAAGUAUUAAUAAAACCAAUAUUGGCAAUGAGCGAUAUUUCUUGUGAUCCUGCAAAAUGUUCUGUGAAUACAAGUGUUUUCUAUAAGGAAAGGAACAUGAAUAAUCAUGAAAAAUAUUUUGAAUACUGUGUGACUGUACCUUGGGGAAAUAGAAAAAAAUCAGAUUGUCUCAUUUUCUGUUCAAAAAUUUUGCCAAUAAGGCGUCCGUUUUUAAUUACAUUCAGAAACUCGGUUCCUAGUGGUCAUUAUUCUAGAUUGUCUGUUGUACUUGAAUGCUACCUAGAACAUUUGGCGUUUAAUGCUUGUAUGUUUACGAAGCACAUUAACAUUUUAACACACACAUGUAUUAUAAUUGUUUUAUAGAAUUUAGAAAUAUACAACUUAUAGAAAUAAGAGUUUCUAUUAAUCACACCUUGAUAUCAUAUAUUGUCAAGCCUAUUAGUGGUUUGACUAUUUUUACAUUUGUCCCUAUGGGAAGGGUUUACAGUAAAGAUAGUUAAUAUUCUUUAAAAGGAACAAAAAAUAGUAAUUGUGGAUCGACAUGGAAUUUUCUAUAAAUUUUGGAGACUUUCAAGUCAAUAGCAGAGUUAGGUGUUCUUGUACUUUGAAGUAUAGUUAUCAUGUUUUAUGAAACGAAUAUAUUUUAAAUAGAUGCAAUGGUUUUUGACUAAAAAGUAAUAUUCAAAAUAUAUUUUUCUUUGUUAAUUAGAGUAUUUUUCUUCUUUGAUUAGGUUUUGCAACUUAAAAAAACAUUUGGUAUAUAAUAAACAAUUAAGAGGACAAAUAUGUGUUUGCUUGCUCUGCUAUAACAAUAAAAUUCAUGGCAUGUUUUCUGGAGCUCUGUAGUAGAAUGAAUGUAAGGUAUCUAAAAGAAAGAAAUUUCUGAAAGUCAAUGUGAUGACAAAAAGGAAGACUUCAUUUUUAUUUUUCUGAUUGUAAUUUUAUUUUCAACGUUUUCGUGUUAUCUUCAUAGUCUUGUGCAGGUAUCUCACUUUUAAUUUGCAAAUUUAUGCACAUAGGUGUGUUGUACUGUUUUUCACUGAAUUUUUCCUUGGAAUGAGAAUUGUAUCAGAGUUUCUCUGAAUCCAAAGAUAAUUCAUCAUGUUAUGGAAACGUGUUUCCAGCUUUAUACGAGUUGGCUACACAUUUGGUGUGUGAUAUUUUCAAUUCUGUGUAAUGACUACGAUAAUGAAAUUUAAUGUUAAAUGGUGAACUGCAUAAUGCGGAGAUGAUUUUUGUGUAUGUUGUAUUGUGCAAUGAAAAAAUAUAGAUAUAAUUUUAAUGGUAAUUUUAAUCUUUUAACACUUGUCUUUGGUGCAAAAUGUGGUGUAUUUCACCACAGGUUUUGUUUGAAUUCUUUCUUUCAACAUUAAUAUACUGUUAACCGGGUGAUUGAUAAAUAAUGAGAUUUUUAAAGAUAUUGGCCAGGAGUUGUUACUUUUAUUACUUUUUUAAGGUUUGGGAUAAUUUUCAUAUCCUGUAAUAGGUGACUUAACAGUCACAUUAUGAUCUACUGUGGUCUUGAAAGUAAAAAGCUAGAUUAUUAGGGAUGGAUAUUGCUUUAACCAUCUCUUUCUCUUCGAUUUCUGGAUCUUUGCUUUGGCUUAUAAAGAUUCUUUUCCUUUUUGCUCCUUUUAUAGCCCAGAAUUUAAUUGACUUUACUAGAAUUUUUCUGUUUGCAGAAAGGUCUUUCUAAACACGUUCCAUUCUCUGAUGUCUUUUCUCACAUUUGUACUAUAUAGUGUAUCAAAUGUUAUUUCUUUGACAUUUAAGAUUCAUUCCUCUAGUGUUAUUUUAUGAAUUUCAUUGUAAUUAGUCCUGCCUUAAGUAUUCAGUAUUUCAAAUAUAAUUUCUAAAAUUCACUGAUUAUUUUAUUUUACUUCUCCAAUAUCAAUUGUUCAAACAUAUCUCUAUUCAUACACAUUUUUCUGAGAUUUUGUUUUGUUUGUAAAAACAAAAUUUUUGUCUUGAUGUAGCAGUGAUUGAGUCAUCCAAUUUUUGCAUUGGGAUUGAUUUUGAAAUCAAUGAUAUUGUUGUUUUAGAUCAUUUAUUAUUUUUGUUUUUAUUGCAAAGACUUUUGGGGUCUUGUUAUGUUUUUUUCUCUCUCUCACCGCUUAUUAAUCACAUUAAAAAGAAAUUUGAUGUAUCGGUGUUGUCACUUAGUUCGAAAGGUAAUUAAUGUAAAUCGUUCAAGAGAUAUCUUAUGUGCAAUUCAGGAAUCUAAAUCUAGAGGAAAAAUAAUAAACUUGGUGAUGAAAAUAGCAAACAAAUUUUACCGAUGGAAAUUUCUUGUCAUUAAUCUUAAGAGGCUAAUGAUUACAUUUAGACAUCUCGAGUAUGAUUAAUUUGGUAAAGUAAUAAGAAUUAUGUCAGUGAAAUUUUUAGUUUUUUACCUACAGACAAACUUGUUGGUCACAAACAUAGUAAUUAACAUGAAAGAGAAAUCAACCUGCCAUGAAUUUUUUUGUUUGCUUAGUUUUUACAAGAUUGCAGUAAACUUUUAGAAGAAUCUAGAUCCCAGAGAAUUAUUACAUUUCGAUUUUAUUUAUAGAUGUAAAAUUGAAAACUAAAAUCUUUCAAAACAUCUUGUGAUGUUUGUGUUAAAAAAAAUUCUCGCUACUGUUUUCAAUUUUAAUGAAGUUUAUUAACUGGUAAAAAUUAUAAAUCAUUUCAUAUAUAUUCUGAGAUAUAGCAAUCAAUUUAAGUUGUCUUAAGAUAAAUAUGAGCACACAAACUUGAAAUAAUCUUCAUAAAUAUGAGCCCAUAAAUAAAGUAGUAGUGUGUAAUUACUUCAAAAUUAUUUGUUUCAUCCACAGAGGAUCUCAAUGGUUAAGAAUGCCUUGGUUUUUACCAAAAACUCGCUUUCUGAGGUUUUUAAUGUUCAGAAAUAUGAAAAUAUCAUUGCAAGCUUCAAUGCUGCUUUAAUCUUGUACAGAUGUAUAACAUGAUUUUUCUUCAUAGGCUUAUUAUAGUUUCUCACAAAUGCAAAAGUUAAAUUUGAAGACAAGAUCACAAUAACAAACAAAUUAUUUUAUUGUCAAUUGGCCAAAAGAUUUGCAUUACUGUUUUCUACUUCACAAUUAUCUUUUAAUUGUGCACUGUUAUAUCCCAAAAUCUCUUUGGUCUAUAUUAUUCUGAUAUCUUACUGCUAUGUGAUAAGUUUACUGAUAUCUGGUAAUACUCUUGGUUUUAAUCUGUCACCUUCCACUGAGGCUUGUUAUGAUUUUAGUGAACAAU